GGAGCUGCAACCGAUAGUUGAAGAGGUGGAAGAAGAGAAUGCGUAGCUUUAGAGCAAGCAGCUACUGAUCAAAGCUUUGGAAUCAAUGGUGGAGAUCUAGGAAGAACUGGUCUAGUGAUUGAAGAACUGCCUAGUGUGCCUGAGAAUGAAGAGAGGGCUAUUGUGCUUUUCAAACCCAUGAAUACAUCGCUUGUGCAAUCCCCUUCAGAUUUUUCUAUUAAAGUGAAUCUCCAGUUCACUAAUGGAUUCAAGAAUCCAGUCUUAUGGGGAAGCCAAUCCUGUAAUUUGAGACGCGCUGGUGAUGAAAAUGCAGAUGAGAACUCCUCUGGUUCUUCUAAAGGGUGUCUAGCAGUUGUUCCUUGGGUUCCAUCUCAGCUUCUUUCAUCACAAGGAGGCGAGAUUCUAGGCCAAGCUGACGUGUUGGAUAUGAUGGAAGCUGAAGAUAUGGAGGGGGUGACAAUGGAUGUCGAAGACAACAGUGUCGGUGCUGAACAAAGGACUGCUAUCGAUGCUGGUUUAGUUGGUACGUAUUAGGCAAAUGGGAUUUUUCUUUCCUAGGCUGAGGAAGUCUGCAUCAGUGGCAACAACAGCACUGCAUGAUUCUGCAGCCACCCCACAGCACAUCUACUCCUAUUGUUUGGUAUAGAUGAUUAGAUAUCGUCAAACUCUUCUUAGAUCCCUUGUCUAAAUGGGAUUGCUAGGUGUAGAUGCAGAAGUAAAUAGUAGAUCAAUAGUUUCUGGUGAUAUGAUGCUUGGAAGUUGUGUUGAUAGGGUGGGCCAAUUUCUCGUUCGUGCUCAGCGUGCCUCGUUUCCUUUGAGUGCCUCGCUCAGUUCACUGGGUUUUUCUGGUAAUACUACUGUCGAACAGGAAGUCACCAAAGUGGCUUUAAUUGAUUUAGGGUAAAAGCUAGUAGAACAUAUGGUUUGAUA